GAUGAUCACUCGAAGCAAAGCCAAACAACAAAAUAUUCAAAACCAAGAAAAUUUGACUAAAGAAAAUAAGCGAAAGUCAACUCGAAAGCGAACUAUUCAAGUAAAUCAAAAUAACCAACAAUCAGGACAAAAUCCUAGUGGGAGCCAACUUCAAUUUAAUCGAGGGAGUAAAGUUGCUAAAACAGAGGUUCUGUUAUUUUUUAAUGCCUUUUUGAUAUUUUUGGUUAAUGUUUAUAAUUUUUGGGCGGGUUAUAGGUACAAUCGACUUCUAUGA